AGAGCUCCCAGCUUCGAGAAUUCUUAGCACGAAAGAAUUUGCUCCACAGUGCUUAAUCAGUCGACUCCCGGGAACUCUCACAUCUUCUGAAGCUUCAUUUUCCCAUCUCGCGCCGUUGCUCAUCUGUCUCGUCGGAGAAGCUUUUCACUUCUGGCAUGCUAGCGGACCCUACAUCUUACUAGCUGUCAUACAUGUAACAAUGGCACACCCUGAUCUCACAUCACAUCAUGUCAAUUACCUAAUAUGGAGGUACCUCCAAGAAUCAGGACAUGGCGAAGCUGCAAUCACAUUGCAGCGCGCGUGGAAUCAUGACCCGCAGAGUUUGCCAUUUGCCCCAUACAUCAAAACCCAUGCUCUUGUCUCGUUAGUACAAAAAGGCCUACAGUAUUACGAACUGGAGCAUUCUAUUGAUCGGGAUGGAAAUGCGACAUCUUUUUCACCAUCGACUUAUUUUUUCGGACCAGCUCCUUUGGAGCCGGAGACGUCAAAGGUGCAAAAUGGCCCGGAUGAGGCAGCAGUUGGCACAGACCAGGCGCCUGUCUCGCCCGCAAGCAAAGUUGCGCGCGAGAGCGGCGGCGGCGACGGCGUGACCAAUGGUCAUUUGACGGCCGAUGUUGCCGCCCCCCAGCCCGUCCCAAAUGCUAAGAAAGCUCGCAAAAGUGACCGCCCAGAAACUAACGGUGAUGAGAUGCCGAUGGAAGUAGAUUCCAAUGGGGUCACACACUCAGAGGUCAAAGCCGCAGUGGCAGCCGAGGAAUCGCCAUCAACAGCCGAGAUGGCGGUGGAUGGGGAUGGCGACGUGAGCAUGGGCAUCCGACCGGAAUCGCAGGACCACCAGGAACCACCCGCACCACCACCGCCAACCUUUACCCUGACAACCGGCCACAGCGUUGGCGUACAGAUCACCCCCGCCAAGGCGGCCGACCUGGCACCCGACACCGCCCUCCUGGAGGUGGCUGGUGACGAUCACGUGACGCGGUCACUGUGGCGUCCCAAUGACCCCACCGUUGUCGUCGCCGCUGGUGAUACAUUCUGUAGUCUAUGGAGAUUAUCGUCAACCGCGCCUCCGGUGCAAGAAAAACUUGUCGAAAACAAUGGCGACCGUACAUGUGUUUCAGCAGUCUCCUGGGAGCCCAACGGACACAAGUUAGCUGUGGCGACAUACAAUGACAUGAGAGGCUCGAUCACGAUGUAUGACGUCUUUGGACACGCCGUGGACUUGCUCCCAGAGGUACCGCGGAUGAUUACCGGCUUGCAUUGGGCGGGAAAUGGCUCGAAAUUGAUUGUGGUUGCUUCCGAUAGUCGAAUUUCCGAGCUUGCUCUGUGGGACGAUUCCCUACGUCCGGAUGAAUUCCCCUCCCCGCAGGUCAUCGACGGGACUGUACUCGAUCUCUGCUGGCUGGGAUGCAGCCAAGUCUAUGCUUGCGGCCCUGGCACUGUCUAUCAGUGUGAUGUGGAUUCAAGCGUUCACAUCUCAAAGACCUUCAACUCGAGCAAUGCAGAGAGGCUUUGGGCUUUCAUCCGGUGUGCUAAUGUUGGCUCCUCACCCGUGGCCGUUGCCGCAUCCUCCGCCAAAGCUGCCCUCUGGGUACCGACUCACGAUAUACACCUCGACAAUGCUCACGAAGGCGAGAUUACUGCAAUUGAAAUCAAACCAAAUGGAGAACAGUCUGCGGUAACCCAAACUGUCUUCAUGGCAUCCUCUUCAACGGAUGAUACGGUGAAAGUCUGGCGAAUCGAUCUGGAAUCAAAGCGUUUCGAAUGUAUUCAUCAACUCUCCCUCGGUCCCUCAUCUCCCGCUCUGGCUGCUAGCUUCUCACCAGAUGGCUACGCGCUUGCGGCUGCCAGCAAGGACAGUCUGCUAAUCUGGAACGCACAAAGAGGCGGGACCGCGAUGGCUGCAUGGAAAGCCCCAGGAGGUGAAGAGCGGAAAGCAGAAAAUGAAUCAGGGGCCCCCGUCAACGGACCUAAUGGAAUUACAGAACCGGUUCUAGAUCGUUCUCUGGCGUGGGAUACUGAUGGCAAGAAACUUGCGUUUGGAUUUGGUAACCAGUUGGCCAUCGUCAAUCUGCAGCGCUGAGUGUUCAAAUCGAUGACAUUGCCACCAUCAUUCAGAUUCUUGCGACACCAUUUUGAGAUUAUGAUCGAUGACUAUUCGAUGCACAUACUGUAUGUCACUUCAUUCAGCGGCGAUGAAGGCAAACCGGGAAUACAAGCCAGCCGCAACAUCAUGGCUUUGUGCCUCAAACAGAUCUUAUCUUUGCGCUCCUGGUUCUCGGCAGGCCCCGAUGUACCAUGUUAUCGAAGCGCAAUCCCGGAGAGCAUCCAUCACGUCUACAGAAUACACCUUUACAGCUAUACUACCAUAAUUAUAGUUCUUGCUUCGAUAAAUACUUG